UACCUCCUACAGUUUCCACUACCUCCCAAUAAUGCCAUCAGAUUAUGAAUACCUCAAUGGAUUAAUCAACUGAUGAGGUCAGAUCCCUCAUGAUAGAAUUAUUUCCUAGGAGUUCCACUUCUGAACUUCACUACAUUAGGGGUCAAGCCUUCAAUACAUGAAACUUGAAUGGACUUUUCAGAUAGAAGCCAUAACAUUGUUAUAUAACCCUUGAGUUACAUGUUAAGGUGAAAAAAGGGAACAAAGUUACAGUAUUUGGUAUUUUAGUAAUAUUUAUAUUUUUAUUUUAAAGCUAUGUCAGAUUUCAUAGUAAAGUAAAUAAGUGGUCAUGUUAAAAUCUCCAUGAAGCAAAAUUUUUAGCAUAAAGCAAAUAUGUGCACAUAUUAUGUCACAGUCUGUUAAAUUUAUAUAUACAUGUAAUUAAAUUGAAAAAAAUCAGUAGAAUGUGAUAUAUAUUUUUUCUUUUCUAAAAAUAUUUGCAUCUUCUAGUUCAGUCCAGUGAAAAGAGGUAGAAAUAUGCAAAGCACUCUUGUGGUCACCAUUCAUAGGUCCAGUCUUUAAAUACAGUUUUCCACUAAGAUAUGCCAGUCUUUUGGAAGAAAUAUAUGACUCUAGUUCUGGAGUAGAAUAUAUAAGACAGAAGGCUGGGAUAUCAUUUCAUAACAGAAAGCAGCAGUGUUAAGAAAGAUAUUGUGGUCAUUUCCUAGGAACCAGUUUGAAGAGGCUAUCAUUGACCAGAGAUGGGAGAAUUUUAACAAGAAAAACAGACUUGUUAGGGAUGAAAACAUAAAAUAUGGUCAAAAGCUGCAAAUCAUAAGGACAAAAACAAAGCAAUAUAAGCAAAAUACUGCAUUAGUCACCUUUGAAGGGCUGGAAGAUUUCAUCAUUGUUUUAAAAUAAAAAUAGUAGGAUAUUGCUUUGUCUUAUUCUUCCUGCAAGAGCCUUAUUUCAAAAUAAGUAAUUAAUGAGAGAAAUUUCUUGUUUGAAAAAGUCUGUAGUAAAUGAAGAAAGAAUAACUGAAUUGGACUACCACAAGUUUAAAAUUUUUAUUAAUUAUAAUACCUUGGGGAUUAAUGUCUUCAGGUAAAACAUGAUAGGGAGCCUUAUUAUACACCAAUCCAGCUAACAAAACACAACCCCAUCAAUCAAACUUAAGGACAGAAAGACAUCCAGUUAUAUGCCAACUGAUAUGAUACAAUAAGAAGUGUACUUUUAGAAAAAUGGAACUGUUCAACACCACAGACUUUAACUACCAGUUUAUAUGAUAUAUAGGAAAUGCAAGGAACAUACGAAAUGGCACUUUAGGACUGCUAUUAGCUAAAUCUGGAAUGCCAUAAAUUUAGGUAGAUGAUACAUUUUCUUUAAGCGGUAAUAGGCAGGAAAUAAAAAGAAUGAAAAAUUGUUAGAUCCAAAAAUAGAAACAAAAUAUCAACCAAAUGCAAUAUGUAUACCUAGUUUGGAUUCUGAAUUGAAGAAAUCAACACUGCAGAGCCAUUGAAAUAAUUCGGGAAAUUUAAAAAAUGACUAAAUUUUCGAUGAUAUUAAGUGUUAAUUUUUAAUAUGUGAUGUUAUUGUCUAACAAGUUUGAAUAUUUACCAGUGAAAUCAUGUAUUAUCUGGGAUUGCUUUUAAAUAAUCCUCUGAGGGUUUAAAAGGAGAAGACUGUUGAUGGUGGUGGGUAUUUACCUUAGAAUAUGAGUAUAUAGGAUUUACUGAAGUAUUUUUUCAUGUUUGAGUGCUUAAAAUUUCUGUGAUUACUUGUUUUUAAUUAAAAACUAAGUUACUUUUAUUUUUAAAACUAAAAUGGAAGGCAUUUCAUGAAUAAAUCAUCAACAUAGGAACUUUCAGAAUUUUAAACCUGAAAGCCUGAAGUGUAUAUUCCAUAUAUACCUGCAAGAAAAUUGCACAAUUUAUUUAGCAAUGAUGCUCUGUUUGAUCUUGACCCAACACAGGCUUAUCUUGAAGUUAGCAUUCACAGGUUGAUCUACACUCUAGAGAAACUAUUGAGGUAAAUCUAAAGCUAUAUAUUCUCUCUUGUUUUUUGGUGUUCCCCCCACCCGCUACUGGAGUACUAGGGAUCAAACCCAGGGCUUUGAGCAUGCUGUACAAGUGCUCUACCACUGAGCUACAUCCCUGGCCCUGCUGUGUGUUCUUUCCAUCAUGUCUGCUUCUCACCACAUCCCAAUAUUUGUUUUGCAGGUACAGCAGGUACAGACUGUGCAGCAGGUACAACAUGUCUAUCCAGCUCAGGUGCAGUAUGUGGAAGGAAGUGACACUGUCUAUACCAAUGGGGCAAUCCGAACAACAACUUAUCCUUACACAGAAACACAGAUGUACAGCCAAAACACUGGAGGAAAUUACUUUGAUACUCAAGGGAGUUCUGCACAGGUGACUACCGUGGUCUCCUCCCACAGUAUGGUGGGUACUGGUGGGAUCCAGAUGGGUGUCACAGGAGGUCAACUCAUCAGCAGCUCUGGAGGAACCUAUCUGAUUGGCAAUUCAAUGGAGAAUUCUGGUCACUCAGUGACACACACUACUCGGGCCUCCCCAGCAACAAUUGAAAUGGCGAUUGAAUUGCAAAAGUCUGAUGGUCUGUCCACUCACAGAAGCUCUCUUCUCAACAGCCAUCUCCAGUGGCUGUUGGACAAUUAUGAGACAGCAGAAGGAGUGAACCUUCCCAGAAGCACUCUGUAUAACCACUACCUUCGACACUGUCAAGAACACAAACUGGACCCUGUCAAUGCUGCCUCUUUUGGAAAACUAAUAAGGUCAAUUUUUAUGGGGCUGCGAACCAGGAGAUUGGGCACUAGAGGAAACUCCAAGUACCAUUACUAUGGAAUUCGUGUCAAGCCAGAUUCUCCUCUUAAUCGUCUGCAAGAAGAUAUGCAGUAUAUGGCUAUGAGACAACAACCCAUGCAACAGAAGCAAAGGUACAAGCCUAUGCAGAAAGUGGAUGGGGUUGCAGAUGGUUUCACAGGAAGUGGUCAACAGACAGGCACAUCUGUUGAGCAAACUGUAAUUGCCCAAAGUCAACAUCAUCAACAGUUUUUAGAUGCAUCUCGAGCACUUCCAGAGUUUGGAGAAGUUGAAAUCUCUUCUCUGCCAGAUGGUACUACCUUUGAGGAUAUCAAGUCACUGCAGAGUCUUUAUCGAGAGCACUGUGAGGCAAUAUUGGAUGUUGUUGUGAAUCUUCAAUUUAGCUUGAUAGAAAAAUUGUGGCAAACAUUCUGGCGCUAUUCUCCCUCUACUCCAACUGAUGGCACUACUAUUACCGAAUCAAGCAAUCUGAGUGAAAUAGAAAGUCGACUACCGAAAGCAAAGCUGAUAACUCUGUGCAAACGUGAGUCUAUUCUGAAAUGGAUGUGUAACUGUGACCAUGGGAUGUACCAGGCUUUGGUGGAGAUUCUCAUCCCAGACGUCCUUAGACCUAUUCCUAGUAAGUUAAAUGCAGACAACUACAGAUGCUUUUGUUCUGAUACAUUCCACCCAGGAAGUUUGGGGAAGUGACAUUGCAAUCUGGAAUGAUCCUAAUUUUUAUUUAAAUUUGUCAAAUAGAAAACAUGCAACAGAGAAUAUUGCAUGAAAGCAGCCUAGAGCAAAACUGUAGCAAAAGGGGAAAAUGAUCUGUUUUCCAAUCUUUAACUUUCUUUUUGAUUAAAAAAGUCAACCUAGAGAUGUGCCAGCCCCUAUAAACUAAUUGUAAGAACACUCCCAUUUCAGGCAACCAUGAAAAAUUAUUUUACUCAAGGACAAGUUCCCCUUCAUAUAGCAAAAAAUUGCUAAAAUCUGUAAUUGCAGAUCAGUCCCUUCCAUAGUUACCUUUGAUGUGAAAUGAAUUUAUCUUGGUCUUCAGUGAAGUUUAAUUUCUUAAAAAAAGCAUUUUCUUCGUCACCUACAUCAUGUUAAGAACUAUAGACUUGGUUCCUAUUAACAAUAAUGGUUAACUGGUAUUUUAAGAGAAAAAUCUAUGUAACUACACAAGCAUUGUAUUUCCACUAUAAAGCAAGUAGGAAUUACAUAGAUAGCUUAGAUUACCUUUUUAAAUGAUGGUGCUUUUUAAACUGCCUUGUUACAAACAAAGCUAUUUUCUCCAAUGAUUAGUAAAAAUGCUAUUACAGAUACUGAUAGAAGCAGUUGAAACUAUUUUUUGCCUGCAUCAGUAUAAGCAUAUAAUGGUGAUCCUUUACUUUUAAAGAAAUGGUACGGUUUCCACUAUUCCCUGACAUUAAUAAAGUAAAAGCAUUCUUUUGGCUUGUGAAAUUGGCGAUUAAGUAUGCACUUCAAGUACACUGUUCACAGAUGAUUUUUGUUAAUUUUUUUAAGAAAGCAUAUAAAUGUAGUAGAAGAAAAGGGAAAGAUGUUAUAUGUUUAUACUUCUCCCCCUAAAUAUGACAGACAACAAAAAGAGGUAUGAAUUCCCCACCACCUUAAAGUAGAUGCUUAGAUAUAUUUACAUAUAAUAUCAAUGAACACCCUUAUAAAUUUAUGAAGUAAUAAGUGAAAACAGAAGAAAUCCACUGACAUCGUCCCCAAUUUUUAUAAAUUGCCAAUGUGUUUCUUAUUAUCUGCACCAAGCUUCCUGACUAAAGAGUGAUGAAAAGUGAUAUUGUCAUGAAAAAAUUUCACUAUGUAAAUUCUUUACUGGUUUAUGCUCCAGAAUCUGAUUCCCUUGUUUCUCUCCUGCUCCCUGUGCUCUGGGUGAUUAUCUCUAGAGAUGUUUAAGAGAAGCUGCAUAGGGUAGGCGCAUUAGCCUAUAAUAUCUUACUGCUAAUAUACACUUUUCCUCAUGAAAUACAAGAAGACAUGGUAGUGAGUGCUUUCUUUUUUGAGGCAAAUCAACAUCAAUAUUCAUUAAAUUGUUUUGAAAUAUUUUGUUUCUGUACUAGCAUCAUAAGACUUUGUGACCUUAACAGUGCUCUAAUUUAAGUCAUGUAUCAAUUUUAGUUGACUUUAAGUCUUAGAAUUUUAAGUACACAAUACAAUUGUCCUUUGUCUUGCAAAUUUUGAUUUGAAAAACAGUUUAUUCUGUAUUUGGUCUCUACACUUAGCAGAAAACUGAAUAACUUCUCUGAAAUUAUGAAAUGUAUUUCAUGUACCAUCCUACCAAAUUUAAUUCCCGUUCUGCAAUGAGGCUUAACAAAAUUAAACUUCAAACACAAUUUAAAUAUCUGUCUUCUAAUUGUAUGAAUUUGAAUACUAACCUUGAGUAGGUUGAGACAAGUUAGUUUUGGAAUAAAUUUUAAAUUUCAAGCCAUA